CUUUAUUAACAUGUGACUCGUGUUCAGGGCGUUUCCUGUUUAAAGUUUACUUUCACUUUCACACAGCUUGUGUCGCAGUUAGUUUCCUCCGUGUGGAGCUCCAGCUGAAGAUGAGAGGCUGAGUUCAGCAGCAUGGAUCAGUGUGAGGACAGAGGAACCACUCUGUGUGGGGAACAGGACCGCCAGACCAAAGCUCAGAGCCCAGAGCAGCAGCUCACACCUGACUCUGCUGAACCAGAAUCUAGAUCUGAACCUGAACCCAGCUGUGUGUCCAUGAAGAGUGACCGGUCUAAGGAGUUAUCUGUGUACUUCAAAGUUGGAUGUCACUCUGUUGAUCCAAGGAGAAAGCUGGAAGAACCAGAACCCAGCUGUGUGUCCAUGAAGAGUGACCGGUCUAAGAGUUGGCCUAUAAACUUCAAAGAUGGACGUCACUCUGUUGAUCAAAGAGUGGACCAGGAGAGCUCAGAGGUUCCCAGUGGUAAUUCUGCCCAGCAGCAUCAAACACACCUGCACUCCAUAUUUAUGCUGCUGGAGGACGACAUUGUCACGUUUGUGAAGAACGAGCUGAAGAAGAUCCAGAAGGUUCUGAGUCCAGAUUACCCAGAAUGCCCAGACAUUCAGAGGGAGGGUGAGGAGGUGUUGGACGGUGAAGAUGAAGAUCAGAGGAGGAGCAGCAGAGAGGCAUUUCUGAAGAUUACUCUGCACUUCCUGAGGAGAAUGAAGCAGGACGAGCUGGCUGACCGUCUGCACAGCAGAAGUCGUUCUAGAGUUUGUAAACUUAAACUGAAAUCUAAUCUAAACAAGAAGGUCCAGUGUGUGUUUGAGGGGAUUGCUAAAGCUGGAAACCCAACCCUUCUGAAUCAGAUGUUCACAGAGAUCUACAUCGCAGAGGGAGGGACUGCAGAGGUCAAUAAUGAACAUGAGGUCAGACAGAUUGAAACAGCAUCCUGGAAACAAGACAGACCAGAAACAAGAAUCAGACAAGAAGACAUCUUUAAAACCCCACCUGGAAGGGAUGAACCAAUCAGAACAGUGAUGACAAAGGGAGUGGCUGGCAUCGGGAAAACAGUCUUAACUCAGAAGUUCACUCUGGACUGGGCUGAAGGCAAAGCCAACCAGGACAUCCAGUUCACAUUUCCAUUCACCUUCAGAGAGCUGAAUGUGCUGAAAGAGAGAAACUACAGCUUGGUGGAACUUGUUGAUCGCUUCUUUAGUGAAACCAAAGAAGCAGGAAUUUGCAGGUUUGAAGAGUUCCCGAUUGUCUUCAUCUUUGACGGUCUGGAUGAGUGUCGACUUCCUCUGGACUUCCACAACACUGAGAUCCUGACUGAUGUUACAGAGUCCACCUCAGUGGAUGUGCUGCUGACAAACCUCAUCAGGGGGAAACUGCUUCCUUCUGCUCGCCUCUGGAUAACCACACGACCUGCAGCAGCCAAUCAGAUCCCUCCUGAGUGUGUUGACAUGGUGACAGAGGUCAGAGGGUUUACUGACCCACAGAAGGAGGAGUACUUCAGGAAGAGAUUCAGAGAUGAGGAGCAGGCCAGCAGAAUCAUCUCCCAUAUCAAGACAUCACGAAGCCUCCACAUCAUGUGCCACAUCCCAGUCUUCUGCUGGAUCACUGCUACAGUUCUGGAGGAUGUGUUGAAGACAAGAGAGGGAGCAGAGCUGCCCAAGACCCUGACUGAGAUGUACAUCCACUUCCUGGUGGUUCAGUCCAAAGUGAAGAACAUCAAGUAUGAUGGAGGAGCUGAGACAGAUCCACACUGGAAUCCAGAGAGCAGGAAGUUGAUCGAGUCUCUGGGAAAAUUGGCUUUUGAGCAGCUGCAGAAAGGCAACCUGAUAUUCUAUGAAUCAGACCUGACAGAGUGUGGCAUCGAUAUCACAGCAGCCUCAGUGUACUCAGGAGUGUUCACACAGAUCUUUAAAGAGGAGAGAGGACUGUACCAGGACAAGGUGUUCAGCUUCAUCCAUCUGAGUGUUCAGGAGUUCCUGGCUGCUCUUCAUGUUCAUCUGACAUUCACCAACUCUGGAGUCAACCUGCUGUCAGGAGAACAAACAACAUCAUGGCUGCCUAAAGUCUUCAGAGAAAAACCUAAACAACCACAGUUCUACCAGAGUGCUGUGGACAAGGCCUUACAGAGUCCAAUUGGACACCUGGACUUGUUCCUCCGCUUCCUCCUUGGUCUUCCCCUGCAGUCCAAUCAAAGUCUCCUACAAGGCCUGCUGACACAGACAGGAAGUAGCUCACAGAUCAAUCAGGAAACAGUUGAGUACAUCAAGAAGAAGAUCAGUGAGAAUCUGUCUGCAGAGAGAAGCAUCAAUCUGUUCCACUGUCUGAAUGAACUGAAUGAUCAUUCUCUAGUGGAGGAGAUCCAACGGAUCCUGAGUUCAGGACGUCUCUCCACAGAUAAACUGUCUCCUGCUCAGUGGUCAGCUCUGGUCUUCAUCUUACUGUCAUCAGAAGAAGAUCUGGAUGUGUUUGACCUGAUGAAAUACUCUGCUUCAGAUGAGGCUCUUCUGAGGCUGCUACCAGUGGUCAAAGCCUCCAAAAAAGCUGUGCUGAGUGGCUGUAACCUGUCAGAGAGAAGCUGUGAAGCUCUGUCCUCAGUUCUCAGCUCCCAGUCCUCUAGUCUGAGAGAGCUGGACCUGAGUAACAACAACCUGAAGGAUUCAGGAGGGAAGCUGCUGUCGGCUGGACUUCAGAGUCCACACUGUAAACUGGAGACUCUCAGGCUGAGUUGCUGUAACCUGUCAGAGAGAAGCUGUGAAGCUCUGUCCUCAGUUCUCAGCUCUGAGUCCUCUAGUCUGAGAGAGCUGGACCUGAGUAACAACAACCUGCAGGAUUCAGGAGGGAAGCUGCUGUCGGCUGGGCUUCAGAGUCCAUACUGUAAACUGGAGACUCUCAGGCUGAGUGUCUGUAACAUGUCAGAGAGAAGCUGUGAAGCUCUGUCCUCAGUACUCAGCUCUGAGUCCUCUAGUCUGAGAGAGCUGGACCUGAGUAACAACAAUCUGCAGGAUUCAGUAAGGAAGCUUCUGUCGGCUGGACUAAAGAGACCACACUGCACACUGGAGACUCUCAGUCUGUCAGGCUGUCUGAUCUCAGAGGAAGGCUGUUCUUCUCUGGUCUCAGCUCUGAGCUUCAACCCCUCCCAUCUGAGAGUGCUGGACCUGAGCUACAAUCAUCCAGGAGACUCAGGAGUGAAGCUGCUGUCGGCUGGACUUAAGGAUCCACUCUGGAGACUGGACACUCUCAGGGUGGAGCCUGCUGGAGUCAGAUGGUUGACACCAGGUCUGAGGAAGUAUUCCUGUGAACUCACACUUGACACAAACACAGUGCACAGAAACCUCAAACUGUCUGACAACAACAGGAAGGUGACAUAUGUGAAGGAGUAUCAGCCAUAUCCUGAUCAUCCAGAGAGGUUUGACUACUGCAGUCCUCAGCUGCUGUGUAGAGAUGGUCUGACUGGUCGCUGUUACUGGGAGGUCGAGAGGAGAGGAGGGGUUGAUAUAUCAGUGAGUUACAGAGGAAUCAGCAGGAGAGGAGACAGUGAUGACUGUGUGUUUGGAUGUAAUGAUCAGUCCUGGAGUCUGAUCUGCUCUGAUGGUGGUCACUAUGUCUGUCACAAUAACAGAGUAACAUCCAUCUCCUCCUCCUCUGUCUCUGGUAGAGUAGCAGUGUAUGUGGACUGUCCUGCUGGCUCUCUGUCCUUCUACACAGUCUCCUCUGACUCACUGAUCCACCUCUACACCUUCAACACCACAUUCACUCAGCCUCUUUAUCCUGUGUUUGGGUUUGGGUCACGGUUUGGGUUUGGGUUUGGGUUACGGUAUGUGUCCACGUCAUAUGGUUCCUCAGUGUCUCUAUGUCCUGUGGAGGACGGAGAGUCUCCUCCUGUCAGAGAACCAGACAGUUGAGUCUGAUCAGGAUCAUCAGCUGAUGUUAGUGAGGAGAAUGUGGGUAUCACCAAUGAUUUCCUGAAUGGAUUAGAUUCUGCUCCAAACAGCUAAAUGACAUGUAAUGCUCUUCAUCAUCGUCUCCAAAAGCUGCAUUCAGCAACGACCUCGCUGCUUAUCUGACAGCUUUAGUUCCUUUACACAUUCACAUUAUUAAAACUAAAUACAAUCAGAUAAUAAAUGAUGAUGUAUUAUUACAGAUUGCUAGCUGCAACAUUAAAGUCAUCAGUCAUUAGAAACCAGUAAUAUACUGAUUAUUCUGCAGAAUCACCACUUUUACUUUUUGUACUUUAACUUUAAGAAUUUUUAUGCUGAUACUUUUGUACUUUUACUUAUUUCUACACUGUGGUAUCAGUACUUUUACUUAAAU